UGUCCCCGUGUGUCUCCGCUGUGUCCUCCGCUGUGUCCCCGUGUGUCUCCGCUGUGUCCUCCUCUGAGCUCCGCGUGUGUCAGCGGACCGUCGGCCCGCGGUGAUCCGGGGAAGGUGCUCGGAGCGCGGCUGUGCUGCUGCAGACACACGGAGCGGCCAUUGGCACAGCUCCGAACAGGUGAGACCAUAAGCUCCGCCCACUGUGACGCCGCCUCAGCCAAUAGGAUGAAAGAAGCCGACGAGACGGACGCCCAGGUGAGACAGGAGCAGGUGUCCGUGCUGAGUGCAGAGCCUCUGGAGCUCGACUGUAAAAUCUGCUACAGUCGCUACGACGCCACCAGCAGGAGACCAAAAGUACUGCAGUGUCAACACCGCGUGUGCGCCACCUGUCUGCACCGACUGCUCCUGCAGGCAGGGGACGUGUGGCUGGUGGUCACGUGUCCGUUCUGUCGACAGGAAACUCAAGUCCGACACAACGAGCUGUGGCUGAUGGAGGAGGACACACACAUCCUCUCCGUCCUCAUCAGAGACCAGUUUCAGAGGAAGACCCGGAUCCCGACCAGGAUCCCGACCCGGACCGAGCCCGGGACCGAGAGCGGGUCUGGAGAGGUCCUGCUAAGCCCCGCCUCCCUCUCAGACUCGGACUGUCUCCUCAUCACGGUCCUGGAGGUUACCGAUGACCCCAGCUCGUGUCUGAGCGUGCUCAGUGCGAUCUACCGGCCUCCAGGCUCCGCCCACUCCUACCUGCCCAAGAGCCACACCUGGACGAGCCGCAGUGUCCCACGCUGCCUGCUGGGGGCGCUCUGCAUGGUGUACUUCUCGUCUCUUCCUCUGGGGAUUUACCUGUUGAUGACGGCUCGUUUGUGGCUCGGCGUGGCGUUGGUGAGUCUCGUCCCUUUGACUCUUUUCGCUCUCGUCGUUUACGGCUUCUGUCAGUGUCUGAUCCAGGAGGCCGUGGAGGCCGCGCACGGGCUCCGACACGCCCGUCGCCAUCGCCGCACGCCGUCUCCGUGACGACGACACGCCCACCGUCGCCAUCGCCGCACGCCGUCUCCGUGACGACGACACGCCCACCGUCACCAUCGCCGCGCGCCGUCUCCCUGACGACGACACGCCCACCGUCACCAUCGCCGUGCACCG